AUGAUGACUAAUCAACCCGGCCAAAGCCCAGAUCCACUCUUUUUUCAGCCCCAUCUUCGAAAACACGGUCCAAGCCACAACGGCCGUCUUGUAUUCCCCCACAAACACGAACUUCACGCGUGCAAAUCUCCAUCCGGUGCCGAUCAUGCGGGGUCGUCUCCCGGGCAACCCUCUGGAUGCACCUCACCACCUGUACAGGCUGCACUAAGAUUUGAGUCCAAAAUUCAGGGGCUUUUGAAAAGACAGUGUCCUAUACUGCUUUUACACGCGCGAUCUACGAUGGAACGAAAAGCUAGCGCCGCCAGCAGUGUUUUUUCGACCGCCAGCAGAGGAGGAGGGGGGAUGUCGUCGCCGGACGUGGCCCAGAGCGGCGGGUCUGGAACCAGUGGAGCUGACACCACUCCUGAUUCGGAGGCGCCUGAUCAGCCCGAACCAUGCUUCAUUGGAAUCAACAUGCCCAGUGCCGACGGCCACUCGUCGCAGCUCAUUGUCGACUGUGCGCUGGAGCAGGGCUACGACAUGAUCACCGCCACCAUCACCAACACCCAUUACCGAACCAAGGUGGAGCAGAGCAUCACUGCCGGACAGCUGACUGUGCCUCCCCCGUCUCUGGACGAUGUGACCAUCAUGCCGGGAGGCUCGCAUGUACACUCGACGGUGGUUCUGGCCAGCGCAUGGAUCGAGCUGGACGCCAAAAACGAAGCCACCGCCGCAAUGUCUCUCCAGGUGCUCAAGCAUGAGCUGGCCUACGCCUCCUACUGUGGAGUGGCCUUUGCCAUCAUUCCGGGCCCCAAGAGCCGCAAAAACGUGGCCACCUACGCCCAUGCCGUCGCAGCCGCCCUCAGACACUCUCCCUGCAUCCAGGUGGCCAUUCAUCUGCCAUUUGCCGAGGCUGACGCAACCCAGAGUAGCCCCCAUCUAGGCGGACAUGCUCGAAAACCGUCGCAGAUGUCAGAUCCACUAUCCAUAUGGGAAGUCUGGCACUCAGUGCGCACCAUGGCCGGCUAUCCGUCAUCCUUAUCGGUGGCUCUACAGCUCCCCAGAGCUCUACCUCCGCUACACGUGAUAGAUAGAUGGAUGGCAGAACCCAUCUCUUUCGUCUGCGUGUCAGCAGGCUCCUUUAUUCCCAACCCCAAGGGCUACCCAGUGUUCAGUAAGUCGCUACAACAACUUUUGCUACGAUGUCUCAAGCUCAAACCUCUGACUUUGCUCCAGGAAGACGCGAUGGCAGCUGAAAAGUUCCGAGGAGGGGAACAGGCCUUUCUCAUAUACCUGAGAUAUAUUUACGCGCGUCGACCGAGUCCGUCGGCACUCGAAAAGUUCUCAGACGGAUACCACGACUUUCUGCAGGCGCCUCUGCAACCUCUCGCAGACAAUCUCGAAAAUGGCACAUACGAGGCGUUUGAACAGGACCCAGUCAAAUACACGCUGUACGAGGAGGCGAUAGGGAAGGCCCUAGUACAUCUUGUGCGAGAAAAGAAGAGCGCAACAGGCACUUUUAUGGUUUGUGUGGCUGGUGCCGGAAGAGGUCCCCUGGUCGACCGUACUAUUGCUGCUGCCACGACUACAAAGACGCAGGUGAAGAUUGUAGCAGUGGAGAAGAACCCUGCAGCCUAUGUUCAGCUCAUGCAACGCAACAACGACGUCUGGAACGCCCAGGGUCACCGUGUGGAAGUGAUCAUGUCCGACAUGCGCACCUACGAAAGCCGGUCCGAGCAAUUCUUUGACCUCAUCAUUUCGGAGCUUCUUGGCUCGUUUGGAGACAAUGAACUCUCUCCCGAGUCCCUCGAUCCCAUCCAGAGACUCUUGCAUCCCACCAGAGGCAUAAUGAUCCCUCAGUCAUACACUGCAUUUGCUGCUCCAGCAUUGUCUCCGAAACUGUACAACUCUGUGCUCUCUGGUGGUCCCACACCCGCCCAGGGCCCUCAACAGGGAUCUGGAGGCACUACGAGUUCGCCCAAUAACUCUUUCAAUACCCCCUACGUGGUUAUGCUCAAGCAGGUGGAUAUUUUGGCACAAGCCAAACCUCUGUGGUCGUUUGCACACCCCGGAAACCCUGCUGCGUUCAGCAAAGAAAAUAUCCACAAUACGCGUUUCUCGAAGACAUCGUUCGAGAUCCCAGCCAAGGCAUGUGUGCAUGGAAUUGCCGGCUACUUUGAGGCUGUUCUCUUCCAGGACGUGUCCCUGUCUACUGUUCCGCAUACCAGACACAAGUCUCCAGACAUGUUGUCGUGGUUCCCCACUUGGUUUCCGUUGAAGACUCCGAUGAACGUGCCCGAUCAUUCUGAAGCUGACCUUUGCUUCUGGCGAAAGACCGACGGAAAGGUCGUGUGGUACGAGUGGGCGGCAGAGACGUUCUUCAAGCCGCUCCAGAGCGGCCCUCGAAUGCGACUGUCAUGCUCUGAGAUACAUAAUGUGGGGAGGGAGAGUGUCAUGAGACUGUAG